AUGAAGUCACAACCAUCGUGGAAGAAAUUGAAACCUUUAGCUGGUGAGUUUAGCAGCUCCUUCUGGGAGUUAAGCACACGUUUCGGACAGAGCUCAACAAUACAUGGCGUGAAUAGGUUGUUCAAUCCAAAAGCGGGAAAAUGUGAGCGCUGCAUUUGGUUGCUGACCAUAAUGGUUGCCUUAUUCGGCAGCAUUUCUAUUUGUAUUUUAAUUUCGGCGCGCUACACCGAAGGUAAACUGGAGACAGUGAUUGAUGCCACUCGCAAGCCCGUUUACGAAAUUCCAUUUCCCGUAGUGACCAUUUGUAAUAAUAAUGCACUUAACUGGCAACGUUUCGAAGCAGCAAAGCAACGUUUUCUCAAACCCAACGAAACACCAAAAAACCAAGAUAUCUUCGAACUAAUAGUCGCCAAUUAUGAUAAUCUAAAAUUUGGUACCUUUCAAAAUUUCGGCAAAUUACGAAAUCUAUCCGUCGAACCGAUGAAUUAUGUUAACUUCAGUCAAGUCAUCGAGUUCAUGACGUGGCAUUGUGAAGAGCUUUUAAGUCAAUGCUUCUGGAAGCACUUUGCUGUUAAUUGUUGUGAUAUCUUCUAUUUGCGACGCAGUAAAAAUGGUCUAUGUUGGGCUUUCAAUACGCUGGAAACGGAAGCGGGUAGGGAAAGGCAAAAGCUCGAUCCAUUAUGGCCAUGGCAUUCAGGCGAUGCAGGUCCAGAAAGUGGUCUAACGGUGCGCGUACUCAUUAAUGAGGAAAAGCAUUAUCCAAAAAGCAUAAAUGAAAAAGGUGUGCAGGUGAUGAUUACGGAGCAAAAUGUAUGGCACUUCGAACCUUUGAGCAUACCAGCGAAUACUUACACAAACUUGGAAAUAGAUCCUGCGAUAUAUUCUCAUGACUCUAAUACACGUCGAUUGGGUCCAAUAUUGCGGAAAUGUUGGUUUAAUGAUGAAAUUUAUAGCGAGAACUUUCGAACACUUCAAGGCUACGUUUAUAUGAUUGAAAAUUGUGAAUCGGAAUGUCAUCAACAAUAUUUGGUGAAAUAUUGCAAUUGUACAAUGGAUUUGCUAUUUCCACCUGGCCCUUAUCCCAUCUGCAAGGCAACCGAUCUGUUAUGCUUGGCACAGAAUAACGAUCGCUUCGCCUACUCCCAAAAAGGUGAUGAGCGGCUGUACGUGCACAACCAUCAAGAGUAUAUGAUUUGUAAUUGUCUUCUAAAUUGCUAUUCACUAAAUUAUGCGGCGGUUGCACGUCCCUUACUUGUUCCAGCGCUGAGACGCAGUAAUAAGUCAUUCAUCGAAUUAGACGUACAUUAUCGGCUUGAUAUAAUGAUGGUCUAUCGCACCGGUUUAGUAUUUGAUUGGGUAGAUCUUAUGGCUGCCUUUGGCGGCAUUGUUGGUCUUUUUCUCGGUUGUUCGCUGAUUAGUACCAUGGAAUUGGCCUAUUUUCUUCUGAUGGAUCUUCCCAAGUUUGUACUACGCAAAUAUUGUUUUAAUAAGAAUAAAUUACAAAGUAAACAGCAACUGCUUGAGAAUCGUUUACGUAAGAAAAAUAUUAGUAAGCACACCCGUCAGUUGAAUAUGAAAAACAAAAUCAUGCAACAACAAAGCUACGCAAGGGUUUUCUAUAAUAACCAAAUGCAUAAAAAACUGGCACAUAAUUUUGACUCGAAUAUAGAUAUGUAUGUAGAAUAA